AUGGAGACACCAACCGAGCCCAGCGAUGCUGUCGCCGUCGUUGAAAACACACAAUCGUCUGAGAUGCUCACUGAAACAGGCGACCAGGCUCUACAACCCGUGAAGAAGACCAAAAAAAUAAUCCGGCGCCGCAAGAAGCCCGCGCGCGUGCAAGUCGAUCCCUCCACCGUCCAGAGCCAGCCUCCUCCACAAACGGGAGAGCUCUGGAACAUCUGGUACAGCAAAUGGAGUGGAGGUGAUUCGCAAGAUAAGCACGGGCUAGACCAACCGGCACCGUACAGAUGCAAUGUCGCGCGCGACUCGGGAUAUACCAAGGCCGACUCGGUACCGGGAUCAUACUUUUGUCUGUACUUCAGUAAAGGGCAAUGCUGGAAGGGGGCUGCUUGCGAAUACUUGCAUCGUAUUCCGACAAUCCACGACCAUUUCAAUCCCAACGUCGAUGCGUUUGGACGAGAUAAGCACCAAGACUACAGGGACGAUAUGAGUGGUGUUGGUGCAUUCACAAGAGUCAACCGAACACUAUACGUUGGGCGAAUCCACGUCACAGAUGAUAUUGAGGAAGUUGUUGCUCGCCACUUUGCAGAAUGGGGACAGGUCGAGCGCAUCCGUGUUUUGACUGGUAAAGGUGUUGCGUUCGUGACAUAUUCCAAUGAAGCCAAUGCCCAAUUCGCCAUGCAAGCAAUGUCCCAUCAAAGCCUGGACCACGACGAAAUCCUGAACGUGCGCUGGGCCACAGUCGAUCCAAACCCAUUGUCACAAAAGCGCGAGGCGCGAAGGAUAGAAGAGCAGGCCGCCGAGGCCGUGCGCAGAGCUCUCCCCGCUGCCUUUGUGGCCGAAAUCGAGGGCCGCGAUCCAGAAGCAAAGAAACGGAAGAAGAUCGAGGGUUCCUUUGGUUUAGAUGGGUAUGAUGUACCAGAUGCCGUCUGGCAUGCGCGCACGCGGCAGCUCGAAGAUACAUCAACCGCUGCCCAACUCGAAGCACCCCAAGAACAACUCAUGAUCGAGGCAGAUGCGUCGCAGCAGUCGGUGCCCCGACCAGACCCCGAGCCGGAGACGCAGAAUGGCAUCUUCUCGAGUUCAACGCUGGCUGCCCUUCGGGGUAUGUCGGGAGGCAACGUGACCACUCAGACUGCGCCCAAAAGUUCCGGCGGGCCUUUGGUCGCGUACGGAAGUGAUGACGAGAGUGACUAG